UGUGACGCACUUUCCUCGCGUCGGUGGGAAAAGAGGAAGCAGAGGAGGAGAAAGGAGGAGGGUAGGUUCCUUUGCUCCUCUGAGGGAAGCCCCGAGGAGUGGCCUCCUACCCACCCCCCCUCCUCCACCAUGACCUCGGAGGGGAAAAGGGAGCCCGAUAACGAGGGCGGCAUCAAGUUAUCAGCAGAUGUCAAACCGUUUGUCCCAAAAUAUGCUGCGCUUAAUGUGGCAUGGUCAGAGUCCUCAGACGCUUGUGUCUUCCCUAACUACGCAACUACAUGCUAUCCAUUUGUUCAGGAACUACCUGUGACUGAACAGAAGCCUUAUGCCGAAGAUGUCUCUCUUGGAUCUUCUUCACCUUUUUCAUCUCAAUAUUCAUCUCCUGAUUUUGCUGUUGAUCAUCACUGCACUUCUUCUCACUCAUCUGUGUCUGCACAAACUGUUUGUUCAGUACCUGGCUCACAGUAUGAUUAUAGUCACCCUAAAUAUUAUAGUAAUGUGCCAGUAGUUAAGUCCAGAAAUGAACAAAUUUGUUCUCUCCCACAAGAAACUAAAAGCCUAUAUAAGAAAAGAACAUGUGAUGAGCAAAAAUUAAAUAAUAAAGGACCUGAAGGGAAUUCAUCCUCUAAUAUAAAACCAGCUAAAGGUUCCCAUCAGAAUUCUACCCACUCUGAAGGUGGUUCAAAAUCAGAGGCUUCUCAUAAACGUGCAGACAGGAAACCUAAAGGCAGCCGGAAAAAUGAGCCUUCUUCCAAACCCGAAUUUGAACUGAAGCUGUUGGAUUUCCCUAAACUGCAAGGUUCUGAGAACAGUGAUGUGCCAGAAUUGCAAAAGCAGCCCAAAUGGGGACCUUUGAGCUCCGCUGUUAAUGAGAUAUCCCUUAUGAGAGAAGUAGCGAAGCCUACGCUAACAUUAUCCAAGGAAGCCUUAGUUGUGAAAGCCGAAACCUCUGAGCCCGAGAAUGACACUAAUCCCCCCUCUUCUACAAGAGAGCUAUCUUGGACACCAAUGGGCUAUGUUGUUCGGCCAACAACCACUGAAGCAGCAGCCCUUAAAAAUGUCGCUUCACUGUCAAACACAAAGAAAAAUACAUCAGUAACUCCUAAGAAAAUUACUACAUCAUUCUCCUCACCUGAGGUGCUAGCAACCAAUGCUUACAACAAGGACAAACAAAUAGCUCAGAAUCCGAAAAAGACAAAAACCAGCAACAUGUGCGAAAGUGACCAGGAAGAAAUGAAAAAGAACAAGAAAAAGAAAAGGAAGCCUAAAACAAAUUUUGAAACUCUUAUGGUCCAGGAGCCACCCAAGAUUGAAGAUAUUGAAGAGUUUCCUAAUCUGGAAGUUGCUUCUGAAAGAAAAAACAGACUGGACCCUUCAAAAUAUUUAUCUAAAUAUCAACCAGAGGACACUGAAGAACUGGUUAACCAGACGCUGACUUCUGACAGAAGAAGUGGAACCCAGUCGCCAAAGUUUCACUCUAAACAGCAGCCAGAGACUACUUCCAAAAAGUUUGGGAAGAAGAGUCAAAUUCCAGUGAAGUUGGAUUUGGGAGGAAUGCUUGCUGCAUUGGAAAAAAAGCAGCAUUCACAGAAUUCAAAACAGUCUUCCAAACCUGUUGUUGUUUCUGUUGGUGCAGUACCAGUACUUUCCAAAGAAUUGGCAACAUCAGUGAAAAAUCACCGGUUAAAUCAAGUGAUGUCUCCUCAUAAUCCUUUGGAUUCUAGUUCUCCAUUAAUAAAGAAAGGCAAGCAAAGGGAAGUCCCAAAGGCCAAGAAGCCAACAUCUCUGAAGAAGAUUAUUUUGAAAGAACGAGAAGAAAGAAAGCAGAAACAUCUCUUAGAACAGCUUUCAGUGCCAGCAUUUUCUAAAAGCAUGGAGCAAGAUUUGGCGAAUAAUGUUGAUAAUCAGUCACCUGCCCAGAUUGCCCAGCCAGAUUUUGAGCAGACAGAGGAAACAGAAGAAUCAGUCCCUGCCUCUUCUACUGUUGACGUGGAAAACACGCCAGAAAAACCCCUAGACAGCCUUGUACCCCAAAAGGAUGGAGAAGUGUGUCCCAUUGUUACACAGCCAACGGCACCUUUUCCCAAGAUCCAUAGUAGGAGAUUUAGAGAUUACUGUAGCCAAAUGCUUAGUAAAGAAGUUGAUGACUGUGUGAUGGAUCUUCUAAAAGAACUGGUUCGCUUUCAAGAUCGUAUGUAUCAGAAGGAUCCAGUAAAGGCCAAAACCAAACGCCGGCUUGUGAUGGGACUCAGAGAAGUGCUUAAACAUCUGAAGCUAAAAAAACUAAAAUGUGUCAUUAUUUCUCCAAACUGUGAGAAGAGCAAAUCGAAAGGUGGGCUGGACGAGACGCUGCACACCAUCAUCGACUAUGCCUGCGAGCAGAACGUCCCCUUUGUGUUUGCCCUCAACCGGAAGGCUCUGGGGCGAAGCGUCAACAAAGUCGUCCCAGUCAGUGUGGUGGGGAUCUUCAGCUAUGACGGCGCUCAGGACCAAUUUCACAAGAUGAUAGCCCUGACAAUGGAAGCCAGACAGGCAUAUAAGAUUAUGUUAUCAACUUUAAAGGAGGAGCCUGAAGCACUGGAGACGGAGAAUCCUCCAUCCCCCUCGCUCCCUCGUCCAAGCGAGAGCUGCCCUUCAGAACUUGGUCAGACGAGCGACCCCACACAGGAAGAGGAACCGAACUACAUUAAAAUAUGGAAGAAAAAUCUUGAAGAGUAUAAUCCGUAUGCACUGGAACUAGAGCAGGCCUCCACCACUGAAAUGCUGAACUUGAAUUUGUGAAAAAAGAGUACUUUGGGGGGGUGGGGAGGCAGCAAAAGAUGAUCAUUUUGUGUUUGCUCCCCUUUUCUCAAUUCUCUAUUGAUGUUUUUAAUAUUUUGUAUGAAUAUUUAAUUUUGAAAUUUAACUGAUGGUUUCAUACAGUAUUUGUUGAUAAAUGAUAUAAUAAGCACCAAGCUAUUAACACUUUACAAUGAAAUGGGCUUCGUUGAUUUGGUAGGUAUGAAAUAUGCUGUAGAAUCGAGAAAUACUGAAAACAAAAGGUGUUCGUUCUCAGCUGCUAAAGCGGGUCAUUUUUUACUCUCUAAAGACAAAUGAUUUAGUUCUUAGAGAACUAGCUGUUUGAUGGACAGACUCUGGGCUAAUCAUGAGAAUUUUUAGCAGGAAGGAAAAAAAGACUUGCCCCAACCUUAACUUUCUCUUUGCUGUGAAACUCCAUUUUGUCCUUGUCCUUUAUUUACUCCGUUGUCUGGGAGGCAGUGCAGCUGAGUAGGCUUUUUUCCUUCUAUUAUUAUGGGGGGUCGGGCUGGCGAGUUUGGUUUAGUUGAACAGAAUGUACUGAAUGUCUUGAGUUCAAGGAUAAAAACAAUUGUUUAGAAAAAUGGCUCUGGAGAGAUUCAGAAGAACAAAAUGGUUUUUUAACCUCCUGUCUUAUGUUAAUUUUACAACUUUUUAGUCUUUGUUUUGAAUCAACAUAACAGGGUAUAAAAGAAAUGGUCUAAAAUUUCAGGUUGACUUGAUAAUUUUAUCUAAAAAGCUAUUUUUUUCCUUUUGUAGGAGCCAAAGAGAAAGGUUAAAUGAGCACGCUUGCUCUUCUUUCUGAUUUUGUCUGGAGAUGACUUAGCCCGAGCUCUGGAGCUUUCUGGUAGGGAUGGGAGAAGAGAGUGCUUUGAAAUAAUAGUCGGGCAGAAGAUGGAGUCUGCUCCUCUCCAGCGUUUGCCGUGAGGGACAAUUUUGGGUCACUCGAAUGAAUUCCGCCUGGGUGGUGUAGCAGAGUGCGGGGCUUCAAAGCACACUCUGCAUAUCCUACUAGCAGAGCUUUCUAGCUUUCAGAACGUACGCUUAGUGGAAAUAGACCGGGCCAUGGGGAAAUAGCUCACAUGAUGAGCCAAUUUUUCAAAAUAGAAAACUGAAGCUAAAAGGUUCUUUGGCUACCCCCGUGGUGCGAUCCUCAGUUAGGUGUAAUGCUGUACUUUGUGCCCAUACCUUUAGAACCAGUGUCUUCCAGGAACAUUGGCAAGUCAGUCCACUGCCCACCGGCUCCGUAGAGUGGCUUUAGAGCAUCUCUGGCUUGCUGUAUUUUGGCCGGUCACAUUCUAUCAAAAGGUUUUUUUCAGUUUUUUUCCCCCUCCCCAUCAGUGUGAUGGAAGAAAAAGUCUUCCUGGCCUAAGGUAGACAAAUAUAAAUGAUAAUUAGGAUUUGCUAACUGAAGAACGUAGUUUGCUUUCAUAUAAGGAAGAUGUAAUAUCUAAUGAUCAUCUCCCAAAUAAUCAUAGCAUAUUUGGUAUACUUUUAGCCACGUUAUUUAUUGAAACCCCAAACGAUAUAAUUCAGAAACUAAAACGAUCAUUUUAAACAUUGAUCUCUACAAACAAACUGCUGCUCCUGAUUCCUCUUUUUUAAUUUCUAGGCCCUUAAUAGUAACUACUAUUAAAAUGGCUCUUUUUAAACCUUAGAUUUAUAAGUAACAGACUUAAAUGUUUGUAAGACUCGGGACACCUUCCUAUAACUGCAAAAUCCCAUUCAGAUGGAGUGGUCCCUUUUGGUUUCAUGGCAGUUUCAAGAAAACUGGUAAGAGGAAUGAGCCGAUAUAAAAUCAUUUACAGGUACGUGGUGUUAAUUGCAUUAAAUUAUGUAUAAUGGGGCUGCAGCAUUCUAUCUAAAAUAAAUGCAUGGAACAGGAAGCAAUCUAUUUUUUUAUACUUAACAGUGCAGCACUCCAAAAGAUCAUCUUUAUCAUAAAUAAAACUUCAAAGCAGA